AUAUUAGCCCCUCAGUUCUUGACUCAUUUUGUGUAGAGAUGGCUGCGAAAGUGGAUUUCUCCGAGCUGCAAAUCAGCCAGAGGAUCGGAAGGGGGGGCUUUGGUGCGGUGUACAGGGGCUGGUGCCGGGACCAAAAGAUCGCCGUGAAAAGGUUCUAUGAGGCGAUCAGCAAAAACAUAGAAAGGGAAAUCACACAGCUGUCGCGAGUGGCCCAUGAGAACAUUGUCAAGUUGUUCGGGAUGGCCACCUAUCAAGACGAGACCUACUUGCUGAUGGAGUACGUUGAGGGCGGCUCCCUUCACGACUUUUUCUAUGGAACGGUGCGCAGGGAAUACUCCGUGCAGGAGGCCCUCCGCUGGGCUCUCCAGUGCGCCGAGGCUGUGGCCUAUCUGCAUGCCAUGACCCCAAGGCCGAUGCUGCAUCGUGAUAUCAAGCCACACAACAUGCUGCUGACGGGCAUACCCGGUCGCCUGAAGAUCUGCGACUUUGGUACUGUGACCGACAUGCAGAGCUACAUGUCCAACGCCCGUGGUACCGCGGCCUACAUGGCCCCAGAGGUGAUAUUGGGCAAGAGAUACACGGAUAAAUGCGAUGUCUACAGCUGGGCCGUCAUGCUCUGGGAGCUAAUGUCCCGCCGACCGCCCUUCAGUCACAUGGAGAACCCCAAUUUUAUAGCUGUUAUGCUGGCGACUGGUUGUGGCGAGCAUCCCGAUAUGGAUGCGGUAAGAUCCGAUUGUCCUCAGACCAUCAGGGAGUUGAUCAGACGAUGCUGGUGCUUCAAGCCCGAGCAGAGACCCUCCAUGCAACAAGCUGUGAAAUUCUUAAACGAACUGGGGGUUUCUUCAGACGAUAAGGACUUUGUGUACAUCCUCGAUCAGGACACAGUGGCCGUGGUAUCCGUCGGCAGAGAGAACCACGGCUCGGGCUGGCGAAGGGUCGUCCAUAUAUCCUUCUGGCGUAAACAAUAUUCGGCGGUCAGGAUGAGCCUUCCCAUUGCCGAGCGGGAGGCAGUGCGAGUGGCCAAGCAGGCGGAACGGGAGAUCAUCAGGGCGGCUCGAGAUGUCGGGCGGGAGACCCAUCGAGCUGCCCAGGACACUGGCAGGGAGACGGCGAGAGCUGCCCAGGACGUUGGCAGGGAGACGGUGAGAGCUGCUCAGGAUGUUGGGCGGGAAACCGCUAGAGCUGCCCAGGACACUGGCAGGGAGACGGCAAGAGCUGCUGAGGAUGUUGGGCGGGAAACCGCUAGAGCUGCUCAGGACACUGGCAGGGAGACGGUGAGAGCAGCCCAGGACACUGGUAGGGAGACGGCAAGAGCUGCCCAGGACGUUGGCAGGGAGACGGCAAGAGCUGCCCAGGAUGCCGAGCGGGAGACAAGACGGGCACUCGAGAAUGCCGAGCGGGAGACGAAACGAGCACUCGAGAAUGCCGAGCGGGAGGCUAUACUGGCCAAGGAGAAGAUCGCCAACGAGGCCAAGCGGCUGGCCGACAAGGGCAGGAAGGUCUUGAAGAAGUUUCGCAAAUUCUAAUCCCUUUAGUGAUAAGUCAUACGCUAUGCUAAUGUGUGGAAAAUGAUUAAUAAAGCUGGGCUGCCUGCGGAGAGAGUCC